GGGUGUGGGGAAGGGCUCAAGAAUAUACAAUUAAACAGUAAAGAUUGGUUUCAUAUCGGCAACAGGAAAGGACAGUGAAGGGAAAACUUGGGGGAACAUGCCAACCAUAAUGCUCCAAAGGAAAUGCAAUGCAAUGCAACCCUUGUUUGACGAUAUGCCAUCAUCGGAAUUAUUGAGAAUUUCAAGGUCUUCACACUAAUUAAGUCCCAAUCCUUCAUGCGAUACGUAGUUCGAAUGGACCUGGUGGAAUUGGAUCACAAGGAAGAUUAUGGAGCAUACUCAUCAUGGCUCAAGUAAUUUUGAAACCCUCUUUCAAAAUGCUGUCCCCGAAGACUGCAAACAAGACUAGAAGAAAGAAACCCGAGAACUCCGAAUAUUCUUGGUGGUACAGUCUUCUUGCAUUGGAUCGGGAAAACCAGUUCCUAGAAAAUGAUAACGGAAGGUGAAAUUUCCAUGCACUUUCCCUAAGAGGAGCUUCGAUAAAACGGAAAGCCCAGAAGCAUUUGGUGAAACUUUCUUUUUACCUAUUGUAUUGCUCCAGACGCACCGCCACCAUGCCUCGCCCCAUGAGAAGGAAACGUCCUGUGGAACCCCAAAAUACACAGACGUUCAUAAGACGAUCGAACUCUCCUCCGAGUCCGCCAGCGGUCUUUGCGCGGCAAAUAGAGGGUCCGGUCGAGGUCAAAUCGCUUAGCUAUAGUGUCCAGAAGAAAAAGAAAACGAAGAAGAAGAAAAAAGAAGGCGUUGAUGAUUCUCAUGUAGAAAAUGAGAUUGGGGAGGAAGAGGAGGAAGACGAAGAAUGGUUAGCAGAGAAGAAAAGAAGGGAAGAAUCAUUAAAGCAAUAUGAGCUUCUGACGCAGCAAAAGAAGCAAAGGAAAUUAGAAAAGAAGAGAAAGAAGGAGGAGGCGGUUAGACAGAGGGAAGAAGCUCUGAAACAAAAGGAAGAGAAGGAAAAAGCGGAAAGGGAAUGGCAGGAAAGGAAGGUCCGUCUGGAAAGGGACCGUAUAGAACGAGGUCAGGUCAGUGAUGAAGAUGGUGAAGGAACAACACGCCAACCUCGUGGUAGAGGCCGGGGCAUUGGGAGAGGACGUGGAAGAGGUCGUGGUCGAGGGAGGGGAAGGGGGAGAGGAAGGGGACUGCCACCUCAAAGAACGAGAAAACAAGCUCCUCCUGCACCUGGUCGAGGAGGUCGCCGACCAGGGGCCAUUGGUAAACAACCUACAAUGGAAGCCAUCAUUGAAGAACAAGAAGGGGACAGAGUUUCACGCCAGGCAUGGGCAGAGGCUUCCGAGGAUCCUCAGUCCCUAGAAACUGCUAAGGCCUCAACAUUGAAAAGGCCCCUGUCUCAGAUUGAUGACAAUGUAGAAUUGCAAGAAAAGGAUGAAGAACAACAAAAAGCCGAAACAGAUGCAGACGUGAUUCAGGAACCACCAUCAAAGAGUAAGAAGUUUGCCAAAGUUGCCGGCUUUGUAGCAAGAAUGCUUAAAGCUAAAAAGAAAAAUAUUCCGAAAGAGGCUGCUCUGGACAAAGAUGACGAAGAUGGUAAAGAAGAUAAGGGUCCAAGUCAGGCCUGGGCUGAAUCUCAAUCUUCAGAUAUUCCUGAAUCCUUGGUCAGAAAAAGACGCUUUUCUAAAAUAGAUGAUGAAGGGGAACUUCAAGAUAUUGAAGGGGGGAAAGAUGACGAAAGAGAAGAAAUUGCAAAAGACGAAAACGACAUUCAGCCAACUCAUCCCAAAAAUCUAAAGUUUUCCACGGUGGCAAGCGUUGUUUCCAAAUUAAAAAAGGCCCGAAAGGCAGCAUCAUCUGGACCCGAAGAAACUGGAGACGCCAAAGAAGCGGCCAAAGACCAAGAAAAGGUAACUUCUGAAGAUACAGUGUCAGAGAAGGAAGGCGAUGUCAAAGAAUCAGAACGUGCCAAAUCAAAACUCAGACGCCAAACUACAUUACACGACGGAAUAUCUGAGGAUCAUCGACUCACCCCUGUUGAAGAACCAGAAAAGAAGGGAAUAGAAUCACCAACUGAUGGAACAAAGUCUGUAGGAAGUGGUAAGAAGUCGCCUGAUGAGGAAAGAAGCGCCAAGUCUGUUGAAAGUGAAAAGGACAUAUCAGAAAGUCGUACAUCUGAUGAAAGGAGGGAUGGACCGAAAGACAAGGUAGCCCCAGUGGACAGUGUCGGUGAGGGAAUAACAGAGACCUCACUUAGAGAAGCAAAGUCGACUUCGGACAAGAGCCUUGGAGAUCCAGAAAAUGGAGAAGCAGAACAAGACCUUAUUGUGUCAUCCGCUAAAGAAAAGGAAAGUAUGACUGCACAUGUGAAGAUAAUGGUUGAUACACGUUCAACUCAAUGGACACCCAAUGAUUUCAUUACACCCCCGAUUCCUCAGGAGUUAGAGGACAAAGAAGAAGUCGGCACAACACCAAGACCGGACGCAGAUCGUGAACUAGCACUUUCACCAAAGUCAAGCGAUGAGAAAGGAGACGGUGAGCAGGGAGACGAUAAAGGGAGUGAGAAAGGAAUCGGAACUCCAUCUAAACCAGGGUCUGGUCACGACGAUGCUAGAUCGAAAGCAGAAAGCGAGCACAAAGUAACAGAUGACGAAACUGAAAAACAAAGCGACUCGACGCCAAAACCGAGUUCGGGUAUGGAUCUUAGUUCUUCGGAGCCUUCUAUAAAGCCCGAAAAUGAAGGAGAAGAUGAUAUUCAAAAGGAAGAAACAAAUGCAUAUGACAGUGAUAUUGACGAUACCUUUGAUAAAAUUACAUUUGACUUAACUCGGCCUCUCAACCCAAUACCACAUAUGAAGAAGGUAACUGUACCAAAAUUAGAUCCUAGACCUGACAAUCCAAUUCCUACUGAAAUACACCCCAAAUUGAUUAAUAUCGAGAUUGAUGAUGAGUACUAUUUAGCCGGUAGGUUACCAAAGCGGUCUUGGAAGUUUGAAGAUGAUACAGACUACACGGAAAUGCAGUUGUUUGCUAGAAGAGAUCGGAUUGCGGAAGAACGAAAACUUGAGAAGUUUAGGAAAACAGAAAUGGGAUCUCUUCUUGAUCUGGUAUUGGAAGGCUCGAAAGUUCUUCCUCUCGAAGUGUUUGAGACUGAGAGGCACCACAGAGGUUUCGAAAAGAUACUGACUUCGUUGAUAAAAGAAGAAAGAAAACUUCGAACUCCCCCUAAGAAGGAGACUCAGCCUGAAACUGUCCCUACCACACCCGAGAACGUAGAUUAUACAAUAGGUAGAGAGCCUCAGGAAACAGAUAACACAGAUGAAGAUUUCAAUAUACCUUCUGAAGACCAGAUACCUACGAAAGAUGAACCUAGACCAGAGACGCCUUCAGAAAUAACAAUUACUCCAGUUUCGGAAAAAGAUGGAAAGUUUCCAUCGGAAACAAAAUCUCCAGAACCAUUCAAUGAAGUUGAUAGAACGAUAAUGGAAAGAAAUGCACAAUCUUCUACAGAUAUUAAAGUGUCUAAUCCGUCAGAAAUAGAUAAUAAAAGGGCACCAGAAGCCGAAAUUUCAGAACGUUUAGAGGUGGGAAAGGAGGAUAAUGAAACCAAAAAAGACGUACCAUCCCCGUCGGAAAGUGGAGAAGGAAGGGAUUUAGUGAAAGAAGGAUCAACAUCGCCACAAAGAGAAGCAGAUCGUGAGGAAACCAAGACGCAGAAAGGAAAAUUAUCUCCAUCGGGCAAAGACGAGCUGUUAAAGACAGAUGUCGUCAAGUCAGCAGAUAUGAAAUCUGUUCCAACCAGCAAGUCAGAUAAAGAGGAAACGCCCCUCCGGGUAACAGUAUUACCCUCAAAUAUUCAAAUAAAACAUGCCUUGUCGCUGCUCGAGUCUGCACAGAUUGACAUAAUUGGUGUAUCGAAGAAAGAAUCUGAAUCGAAAUCGUCGGAUAGAGCGGAGGCAAACACUUUAGUGGGAGAAGCUGGAACAACUCUUGGUGAGGGGGAGUUAAUCACUCCAAGGAUUGACAAGCGAUCAACAUCUUCUGGUAGCUUAGAGCUUGGAUCUGGAGGGCAAACGACGACAUUAGAAAAGGUUGAAAUAAUUGAGGGCCAAAAGGAACAUGAAGAAGGCAGUGUUAUUGAAACCACAAAAGGCGACAGAGAAGAAGGGACAGAUGUAAAAGAUUAUAAAAGCAAAGGCCAGUCUCCCAGGCUAUCGAGUAAGUUAAGUGACCGCGAAGACAACAAGGAGCAAGACAAAGGAAACGAGGAGACUCCAAGACAAAAAAGUGAAGGUGUUCUUAGACCGCAAACAAUUGAUGAAAAAGAUAAAGAAAAGGCUUCCAAAAGCACCGAGUCAAAUGAGGAAGAAAAAGAAAGCACUAAGCAGAGUUCAAGACCACCCACUAAAUUAAGUGAUGGAAAGUCGGCACCGACAUCAAGGGCCCAAAGCAAGUCAAGUCAUGUCAUUGAUGAGAAGAUAAUACAAGAAACGGAUGUCGAGGAACUUCACCAUACGAAACACACAUCAAGACCAACUACAAAAUUAAGUGGUGGAAAGCAGGAACAGAUCUCCCGAGCCCAAAGCAAGUCAAGCCAUGACAGUGUUGAGAGAGAUGGAAAGACGGAACAGGUCUCUAGAGCCCAAAGCAAGUUGAGUCAUGUCAGUGGUGUCGAGGAAAGAGACAGCACCAAGCAUAGUUCAAGACCAACCACUAAAUCAAGUGGUGAAAAUCAGGAACAGAUCUCUAGAGCCCAAAGCAAGUUGAGUCAUGUCAGUGGUGUCGAGGAAAGAGAGAGCACCAAGCAUAGUUCAAGACCAACCUCUAAAUUAAGUGGUGAAAAUCAGGAACAGAUUUCUAGAGCCCAAAGCAAGUUAAGUCAUGACAGUGUUGAGAGAGAUGGAAAGACGGAAGAGAUCUCUAGAGCCCAAAGCAAGCUAAGUCAUGUCAGUGAUGAGAACAUAGUACAAGAAACGGAUGUCGAGGAACGUCAACAUACGAAACGCACAUCAAGACCAACUACAAAAUUAAGUGGAGGAAAGCAGGAACAGAUCUCCCGAGCCCAAAGCAAGUCAAGCCAUGACAGUGUUGAGAGAGAUGGAAAGACGGAACAGGUCUCUAGAGCCCAAAGCAAGUUGAGUCAUGUCAGUAGUGUCGAGGAAAGAGACAGCACCAAGCAUAGUUCAAGACCAACCGCUAAAUUAAGUGAUGGAAAGAGUGAACAUAUCUCUAGAGCCCAAAGCAAGUUGAGUCAUGUCAGUGGUGUCGAGGAAAGAGACAGCACCAAGCAUAGUUCAAGACCAACCGCUAAAUUAAGUGAUGGAAAGAGUGAACAUAUCUCUAGUGCCCAAAGCAAGUUAAGUCAUGUCAAUGAUGAGAAGAGAGUACAAGAAACGGAUGUCGAGGAACUUCACCAUACGAAACAAACAUCAAGACCAACUACAAAAUUAAGUGGUAAAAAUCAGGAACAGAUCUCCCCAGCCCAAAGCAAGUCGAGCCAUGACACUGUUGAGCGAGAUGGAAAGACGGAACAUAUCUCUAGAGCCCAAAGUCAGUCAAGCCAUGCCAGUGGUGUUGAGGAAAGAAACAGCACCACGCAUAGCUCAAGACCACCUAAUAAAUCAAGUGGUGGAAAGUCGGAACAGAUCUCUAGAACCCAAAGCAAGUUAAGCCAUGUUAGUGGUGUCGAAGAAAGUGACAGCACCAAGCAGAUUUCAAAACCACCUACUAAACUAAGCAAUGGAAACUCCGAAGAUAUCUCCAGAGCACAAAGUAAGUCAAGCCAUGUCAGUGUACAGAAAACAGUAAAAGAGACGGAUGUCAAAGAAGGGGAUCAUACGAAACUUACAUCAAGACCACCUACUAAAUUAAGUGAUAGAAAAGAAGAACAAGAAAAGCUUGAUGCGAAUGACGAUGACAUCGAUCUGGAAACCUCAAAAACACCGACUGAAGUAUCUGAUGAAACUGAAGCCUCUACCAUCAACAUGAAUGAAGAUUUUUACUACCCCUGGUUGUAUCCAACAAAAAUGGAAGUUAGAGAGAACACCUCUUCACCUAAGAGUGUAGAUAGCAGGACCAGUGGUAAAUCACCCGGGUCAAAAAUAGAGGACACAACCGAGAAAAUCGGAGAUGAGUCACGUGAUACGAAAGACCCAAUUGAAGACGCUCCAUCUUCAUCGCCUCAUAUCGGAGAUAAGGAAGAUAAAGAAAAAGAACCAUUAGCUAUCCACGAAGAGGAUAUUAAAGAUGAAUCUCCGGCAGAAAAUGCCCUCCAAUCCGGAAUACCAGAUAAAAUUAGAGAAGUAACAUCUUCUAAAAUAAUCACUAAAACCAUUAUAGAUGGGGAAGAACCCGCACUCGAAGAGAGUCGAAUGUCUGGGAAAUUGAGUUCGAAAACACCAACUAAAAGGCCACAUUCAGAAAGAAGUACACAAUCCGGGGACAUCGAUGAGAAGAGCCAGCCAAGAAGUUCUUUGGCUGUAAAAAGUGUAGUUUCACAACGAAGCAUUAGUUCUAUAGAAAAAGAAGCUAAAAGAAGUCCAGAAAUCAAGGCAGUCACAUCGCUAACGGAACCUCUUUUGGCUGAGCAUAAAACGGAAGAAUCUGAUAUCAAUGUGGCAAGUAAGCAAACACUUCCCCAUACCAAAGACGAAGCUGAGAAAGAAACCGAAGUGUCAGCGGAUGUCAGUGCAGAAAGCGUACAAGAAAACAAAAAGGAAGAACUACCGAAAGAAACAACAUCAAAGGAGCAUAGGGAGAAGCACCUGAAAGAUGAAUCUUUAAAUCUCGAUAGACAUGAUAGAGUAGAUACAGGGAAAUCUAAAACCGAUCGUCCAGAAUCUAAAACAGCAGGUAUUGCUAUUGGUGUUUUGGUAGCCGAUUUACGUCCUGGAAGUCAGCAAGGGAAAAUCACCGAUGAUACCGCUGUAAAAUUGGAAAACAAGCUUCGAGACGGAAUUGACAAAAUCGAACAUGCAGUUGCAUCCAAAGAGCCGGAAGGUGAUGAAGCGAAACAGUCGCUCCCUCCUGGAAGAGGACGCGGGAGAGGUCGAGGUCGCGGAAGAGGGCGUGGCCGAGGAAGGGGGCGUGGUAGGUUAAAUGAUGGGGCAGAAACGCAGCCGCAAGAAAGAGAACAGGUUGAUCAACGUGGUAGGGGACGUGGACGAAGAGCACGAGGGCGUCCCAGAGGGCGUGGUCGCGGUAGGGGUAGGGGUCAAAUCAUAGACAAUGUUUUACAACAUCGUCUUGGAGUUGAUAUCCCACCGUCAGAGGUUAAGUUGGAUGAACAACUCAAUACAACUGAUAUACCAGUUGUGGAAACGAUUGGGGAAAAGGAGCCUGGAAUACAAAAACAGGGAACUUCCAGGGAAAGUUAUAAAGCAGAUGAUUUAGAUGUGAAAGGGAGUAAAGAGUCGGCGAAAUCUGCAAAUAUUGACAUUCGAGACGAUAGAGAAAAGUCAAAGGUCAGUUUCGAUGGAGACAGGAAUGAAAAACAAGAUAAAGUUAGAUCAGCUGGUGCACCUGACGGGAAAGAGGAGAAUGAUGAGGUCAACGUUCGAAGACCAGAAAAAGACGAAACCCCAAAAGAAGAUGUGGGAGGAAGUGAUAAAGACAAUAGAGAAAGCACAGAGACGAACGAUAUAAUUGAAACAGGAGAUAAAUACGAAACCACCUCCAAACGUUCACAGAAACAAAGCCCUUCACCCAAGAGAAAAGAGAAAUCGGCCUCCAAGAAAUCAAUACAUUCGAUGGAUGCACGAUCUAAGAAAGAUGGUACCUCGACAUCGGGCAGUGUUAAAUCAGAAGCAAUGGUCAUUUCAGUGAAAGAGAAAGGGUCCAAUAAAUCCAUUGACGUUUUACGUGAGGACAGUGUUGUCAAAGAUCCAAAAUCCCAUGCUACAAAGCGUUCAGAGAAUGCAGAGGUUUCUUCUGUGAAAAUAGCCUCAUCGCUGGAAGAGGUAGAUACUUUGCAAAAGAGGAGGAAAAGUGAGUCUGAUAUUGUAAGGACAUUGCAUCCCUCAGUACAAAAAACCCAUUCUGUAAAGUCAGAGGGACAUGAGGCUACUCAGGCCAGAAAAUCGUCCAAAGACAUAAUCAAAGCAAGCAAGAAAGAAAAUGCCAUAUAUUCUGCUAUUAAUCAGAAAGCGGAUGUACAAGAAAUUCUGGGGAAACAUCAAUUUGUUGACAGACCGGGCUCAACAAUAAAAGAGGAUCGUGCAACUACAAAACUCGAUUCUGACAAAGAAAGCGUAGAUACUUUGCCGAAAAGGACCCAAAGUCUGCCUGAUUACUCGAAAACAUUGCAUUCUUCAGCUCAUGAAGCUCGUUCAGCGAAAUCAGAGGGACAUGCAGUUAAACAUGUCACAGAACCACCAACCGAUGUAAUGAAAGAAAUAAAGGAACGACCAACCAUGGAUUUAGAAAGUACAAAACAGUCUAGUGCUGAUGUAAGAACUGGAGAAACAUCAGAAUCAACGAUGAAAGACGAGCGUGCCACUGAAAAGCUUGAUUUCGGGAAAGAAAGAGUAGAUACUUUGCCCCAAAGAACACAAAGCCUCCCUGAUUAUUCUAGAUCAUUACCAUCUUCAGCCCAUAAACCUCGUUCAGUGAAAUCUGAGGGGCAUGCGGUUACUCUGGUCUUAGAACCACCCAUCGACGUAAGGAAAGACAUAAAGAAGCGACUUACCAUAGUUGCAACAGAUUUAGAAAGUACAAAACGGUAUAAAUCUGAUGUAAACAUUGCAGAAACAUUAGAGUCAACCAUAAAAGACGAACAUGUAACGACAAAGCUUGAUUCCGGGAAAGAAAGUGAAGAUACUUGGCCGAAAAGGACCAAAAGCCUGCCUGAUUAUUCGAGAACCUUACAAGAUUCAGCUCAUAAACCUCGUUCGGUAAAAUCAGAAGGGCAUGAGGUUGCUCAUGUCAUACGGAAGUCCAAAGAAUUAAAAGACGGUAAAGAUGGUUCUACGGAAAAGAUCGUUCAAACUCCUUUGCAUUCUGAUGCACGUAUGCACCCAGUGCCUAUUUCAAAGAAAGACGAUGCAUCAUCAAUAAAGAGCUCAGCAAUACAAGUCUCAGAAAAGAAAGUUAUUCGGGACUUUCCUGUCGAGAAUGCUCCAACGAGAAGAAAACGUAGAAAAGAGGGACGCAAGAAAAAGAAAACUGUUGUAAGUGAUAAAUCGGGUACUCAAGAAAGUUCCUUACCGCCAAGCCAUCCCGAUAAGGAUACCGAAGACACAUCCCUAGUCGACUUAAAUUCAUCUAAAAUAAAGCAAUCGAGGCAAAGCGAUAGUAGUGGACAAACUCCAAAAGAUAUUGGAAGGAUAAAGAAAAAUCUAUCAAAAAUCUUGGAAAGAUCGAAACAGUUGCAGAAACUUCAUAUUGACAAUCGCAAAGCAAAACAAGACGAAGACACCAAGGAUGUAUCUUACCAAAAGACAGAGGGACAGAAGACAAAGGGGAAAGCAUCUAGAAUUGCCAUUCCUAGAAGACAGAAGGAAAUUGCUUUUGGAAGCUUGACAACAAACCUUCGUGCGAAAACAGAAAGGAAAAUUGAAGGAAAUGAAAAGGUCAUACCAAUAGAGACUACGUCAGAAAGAACGGUCAGCUCUGAUUCGGUUCCAGAAAAUUUAGGGAUUUCAUUGAAUCUUGCCAGAAUCAAAGAAAGAUCAAAGCAACUUCAAAACUUGGAUAAAACUAAUACGGUUACUACAGAUAUUGACAUCGACGAUCAAUCUUCCGAGACUUCUGUAUACCAAAAAGAAAAUUUAUUUGAAAGCCCAAUCGAGUCGGCCGAGUCAACGAAAUCAAAGAUCCUUAAACCUUGGACUUGGUUCAGUCCCGGAGUCACUCCGACUGCAUUUGAAAAAGUGAACAGUUAUCUUACGGAUGGCUUCGGUGCUAGAGGACACUCACCGGAAGAUGACUUGCUUGGGCCAAUAAGUGAGUCUGACUCUUCUAUUAAAGACACAGAAAUGAAAACUGAUGAUGUAUCAGAUGAUGGUAUCGCCCAUGAAACAGACGAUGUAUCCGAGUUGCCGCCUAAACCUCGAAAGUUUCUAAAGAAUUUAUCAAAAAUAAUCGAAAGAUCGAAACAACUCCGAAAGUGGAAGAAGGAAGGUGCCAACCCCGCCCCAACGUCCGAGAAAACAGGGAAGCUGCUUGGAAGUAUUCAUGUUGGUUCUGUCCCUUUGCUAAAAGGGGAAAGUAAUGCGGACCAAGACAAACAAAGUACAAAGGGACAUGAAGGAAAGGCGUCAACAAUAACCAAAAGUGCAUUUCCAGGAACGAUUACUGAUAGUCAAUCUUAUUUUGCAUCAACUGUUGAUAUCUCGAUCAAAAUCCCAAGCGAUGGAGAAAGUGAGGACGAGGAUUCUAAAGCAGGAUUUGGAGACCAUUCUUCGUUUUCGGAAUAUUCGUAUACAGGCACUUUACUAGAGAAAUCAACCAUAAGGUCCCAGAAAUCAUCUAUCCUUCAAGCUACUAAUAGUAAAUCUGGAACAUCCAGACCCAAGUCUACAGAAUCUGAAAAGAGUAGAAGAACGGAAUCCACUGGUCAUGAUUCCAGAAUCACUCAUAAAACAUCGUCCCCCCUUUCGGAGGUACAGGCUUUCUCAGAAUCAAAAAGUGAGAUAGAUAAGAACCAAAGUUUAAAUGAUAUGAAUAUCAUUAACAAGGUAUUCACUAAAAAACAAAUACUCCAAUCAACUAACAGGCCCAUGCGCAAUAAAGAAGAAUUAGAAAGAACGACCGGAUCAGGGAAAGUUUCGAAGGAACAAGACGGAGCUGAUAGCCAAACCUCUGAAUUUUCUCAUGGGAAACAUUCGAAAAAAAAUCGUAGUAAUUCAUCGGUAAGUCCUCAUACUCAAGCAUCAGCGGAGGGUGAAGACAAUAGUGGCAGUAGCAUGGACCCAUCACCACAAGUUUUCAAGAGGAAAAUACAGCCAAGUACUAGUGGAACUAAAGGGGUCAUGCAAUCGUCCAGGGAGGUAUCGUCUCAUCAAUCUGUUCGGCAGCAGGGCGAAAACAGUGAUGAUCUCCAAUCAAACCUCAGUGUUGACUCUUCACGGAAGACAGGAGAUACCGGAAGGAUUUAUAAAGACUUGGAAAAUAUGUGGAACAAAUAUGGUAAUAUUCAAAAUGAAAAGAAACUACGAAGACGGAGUUCGAGAGAUUCAGAGUCAGACGUUGAAACUCCACAUGAUAAAAAAUAUUUUGCAAGAAAAGAAACUAACACUUCUAAACUUUCAGAGCAAUCAGCAAAGGAUGAAAAGUUAAAACGACAUGCAGAAAAGGAAGAUGAAAUCAAAGCUUCUAUUUGUUCUUCAGUAGAUGGAAAUUCUUCAUUAAUUGCAGAAUCAUUAAGAAAGUCUGAAGAGCAAAUGCAUAUUGGAGCAAGAAGUAUUAAGAGUAACAAAGGUUCUUCUGCACAGUCCCAAUCACGGAAAGAUAUUUCUCGGCCGGGGACACAAACAAAGGGAAUAUUAAAUAGUCAUACAACGAAUUCUGGACUGCGAUCUGCUGACACACAACUAUCGGAUGUUGAUGACCGUACAUCUGUAAAAAUUGAUAAAACACCAAUAACAGCUGGAUCGAAGCGCUCACUUGGCUCUACGAACAACGCUGGGAAAAUGUCAAGCAGAUCUUCGAAAGUGGACAUUAUUCAGAAUACGGACCUUUCCUUAGUCCUCCAAACUGACACAGAAACAUUGCAAGAGUCAAAAUCUGCAACUUCAAAAAGGGUCAUUGGUGGUGAUAUCAAAUCUCCUGUGGUACUAGAACAUGGAAUUUCUAGUCAACAUACAGUCGGAUAUGGACAGAAAUCUUUAUCACCUAUCAGUGGUAGAAGGAAGUCAUCAAGAGAUUCAGCUGUAUCUGUUACAGAAGAAAGGCCGAUUCUUACAGAAAAUAGUGCACAGAGUGUACCAUCCAAAUCAUCAAGCCCAGUUGGGAGAUCCGGUAUUCCAGCUCUUAAUGACAACGGAGAUGUAAGAGAAAGCAUAAAAAUUAGAUCCAAGACUGACCUUGAUGAUUCUAUUCAAAUGUCAGUGAAGUCAGUUAUUCAUUCAAAGAGUCGGCUAAGUCAAGUGCAAGGAUCUCAGACGGGGUCAGGUGAGAAGUCUAGACAAAACUCUUCCACAAGUGUUGACCGUUCUAAAAGCAAGGAUACAUGGCGAAAAGAUUUUUCACAAGAAAUUAAAACCGAAUUGUCUCCAGAUCAAAAUCAUUCUCCUGCAAGCUAUAGAAGUGGUUCAUCUGCUGAUAUCAUAUCCAGCCACUCAUCUAGCUCUAAAAGAUCAAGACAAGCCCCAAGCUCACUUGCUAAGAAGUCUUCUUCGAAGUCACAAAUCCCGGAUAAUACUUCUCUGCAAGAGACACAAGCCAAACAAUUAUUGGGUGACGAUACAGCCAGCUACAAACAGCAAAGUAAAAAGCUAUCAAAUGCUGUUGACAAAAGUUCAUCUGACAGCAUCAAUGUUACACCAAUAGCAGCUGCAUCGACAUCAUCUAGGUCAAGUAAAAGAUCCGGUAUUAUAGCUCUUCCAGACAACACAGAAUUAAGGGAAAGCAUAAAAAGCAUACCCUUGACGCAACGUGAAGAUCGGAGUCAAACGUCAACGAAGCUAAGUCAAGUCCAAGGAUCUUCAAACGGGUCAGUUGGGAAAUCUAGACAGAACUCUUCCACUCAUGUUGAUCGCUCUAAAAACAGGGAUACACGGCAAACAGUUUUCUCAAAUGAUAUUGAAACCGGAGCAAUUUGUAGUGAUCAAAAUCAUUCUCCUACAAGCAAAGGUAGUGUUACCUCAUUUGCUGAUAAUAUACCAAUCCAGUCAUCAAACUCUCAAAGAUCAGGAAAAACUCCAAGCUCACUGGCCAAAAAGCAGUUAGACGCUCAUAUCCUGCCUGCAGAUUCGGCUGGCGUAAGCGACGUAGAAGGUGCGGAUAUUCAUGCAGAAGAUUUUACUAAGGUUGUCCAACCUGGUAUGACUAUUCCUCGAAUUGGUGAUAUCACAUUUCCGGAUAGCAGAAAAAGCUCACCAGCAUACAACCAUAAUCGGAAGAGUGCUUCGAACAUAUCUGGGAAGAACGAUGAAAACGUACACGAUCGUCCUGCAACAAACCAAGAAAAUAGCCCUGUACCGCUGCCUGCUGUAAGGUCCGCAACAGUCAUUGGACCCACUGUUGAUUAUGAACCUAUCGGAAAAGCCCUUACAACUCACGUAAGACACCAAAGCCUUCCUGAUUUUUCACGUGAUAACAAUGUACCAAUGUCACAUGGGAAGGAACCUUCGUCCGAGAAACGAAGUGUUAAAGUACCUGGUCCUUCAAAACAGUCUAGUGUUUCGGGAAAUAAUGAGGGCAGGAUUUUUGAAAAUCGCAAUCUGGACGAUUAUACUAUUAGACACACACACAAUUCUUCUCUUUCACCAAAUGCGAGAAAUAAAACUGGGAACAGCGAUAGUAUAGCCGAAUCUAAGCAAACCAAAGGCCCUGCAUUCUCACAAGCAUUGUCGUCGCCAUCAGAAAACCAUCUUGAUCUCCUUGGAGAAUAUGAACCAAAUCCAGUGCAUUCUUGGAUUCUACAAAUAGGAGAAAAUGACCCAAAGACUUCCAAAGACACAACGCGACCUUCCACGAGUCAUUCUCCAUCCCCUGUCUCGGCUAUUUCCAUAGGAAGUCAUUCGCCCAUAAAAAUGAACCAGCUUGAUGAUAAUCAGUCAAGAGAAAGUUAUGAGAUGCGGAAACCCCCUGGAAUGGCAUAUCCUGAUUACAGAGAUAGCAAAUCAAAUGACCAAAGCUCGCCAGAUAUCUCCAGCGCUCAUCGGAAUAUUGUCAAUCGCAACCCUUCCCCUUCUUUUGCUAGAUCCACACCAAGUCAGGAUGCAUUCAUACCAGCAAGAUCAAAGUCACCUGCAUACAGUCAUCAUAUUCCUCAAGAUGCAGAUACUCUCGGUCAAGCUUCACCAGAUCUCUCUGAUGUUUAUAAAAACAUCCUUAAUCGCAGCCCUUCUCCUUCGUUUAGAAGUGCACCUCCCUCUGAAGGCGUUUUCAGUCCUGGUGGUCCGAUUUCAGCUUCUGCCAAAGAAAAUCAUCCAGUUAUCGAAAAUGAUUUUCCUUCUCGGGACUCGUCACCUACUAUCUACAGCUUGUCUUCUCUCGACAUCAAAUCGCCACGCCCACCAACAGGACCGAAACAUCCUUUGUCGAGAAAGUCAGCCAGAGUUGUCAGAUCUAUUGACGGUGAUGACCGCGUAUCUCCCUCGUUAGGCUCUACGGGUGAUAAAAGACCACAGGAAAUACGAAAGGAUAGUGUAAGUGCCAAGUCAUCACCCCAAGUUUCGAAACCUUCGUCUACAAAUUCGCAAGAAACUGUUAAUGCAGUUAUGACACCAAAAGAACCACCUAGCAAUAUCAGUAGCAUUCAAUCGGGAAGUUCUAAAAAGUUUUUCUCGUCGUCGGGCAAGAUUGAUAAAUCUCGAGUUUCACUGGAAAGGACUGAAGCACCAUUAAAUAAUUCAAAAAUUUCGCUCAAAUCUAAGGGCACUGGAAGUUCAUCAAAACUAAGCAGUGUGCCUUUCGGAGGAAAGAAGCAGCCAUCUAGUGAGUCAUUGCAAAAACAUUUCAUAAGUAAAAGUCCUAGCCAAUCGGAACGCACCACAGGUGGAAGCCUACUUAACGAAUCUGAAAGUAAUAGAGAUACUCCUAAACAAAAUGGACAAAUAUACCAGGAAUUAGAGGAUAUGUGGAAAACCUAUGAGCAACUGAAAGACAGUAAGCUGCAUUUUCAAGACGAGGAUGUCAUUCAUCAUCUAGAGGAUUUCGAGAAUAGAGUGGAUGGAUCCGUGACAUCAGUAGAUCCACAGUUUAAACCGCUAUCCAAAGGGAGUCAUGAUCGAGGAGCUUCUAAGCUAGAUAUAUCAUCCAAUAGAGGUAAAGUUAAGACACGACUUUCAAACACAUCUGAAGUAAAAUCUCCCAUUUCUGCUGAAACUCCAGUACAAACAUCUGAUCUGGAAGAACAGCAACAACAAAAUGUUCCAUCACUGGAGAAGACACUGUCUGAGCUGAUUAUGAUAUCAGAUAAAAAUAAUCUUAUCUCUACGGAUUCCUCUGUAAAUUCUGGCCAAAAUUUCAAAACUCCUGGAUCUAUAAUAAAGACACCAACUCUUCAGCAAAAAUCAGACCUGCCUGCUGAGAAAGCACCUAAUUCUACAGAUCAAACCAGAAACAGACAUGAAGUAACUUCCAAAUCAUCUUCCGUAAAAGAUCAAAGAGACGCAGUAUCGCUAAAGGAAGAUACAAGCAGUGGUCGCGUAUCUCCCUCGAACAUCGAAUACCCAAGAUCUGUAAUAAAAUCAUCUACCAAAACUUUAGAUUCUUUAGUGCCUACACCAAAUGACCUGUCCUUGAGUGAAACGCCAAAGAGACACGUUAUUGCUUCAAGAAGUCCAACCUUGAAAUCUUACUCAUCGUCAAGCGUUAUCAAGGCUUACAAAGAAGACGACAAAGAGGGUGCAAGAUCUCUCACAAAAACUGAAUUAUCAAAAUCUUCAAGAUUAGUGACUGCAGUAGAUUAUCCUCCAACAGAACAUGGAAGUAUUUCUAUACAUGAUACUCCUUUGACUCAAAAGUCAAAGAGAGAUGAUGUCCCUUCUAAAUAUUCUGAGAAGUCUCAAGCAAAAACAAAGACGCCUUCACCGAGCACUUCUACAAAUCAUCGUAGUCCCACAAUUAAGUCUCAAUCAAAGACUGAAUCCGUUCAGAAUCAAGGAUCUGCCAAAGUUCAAGGCAUUAUGUCUACAAGCCCUGUUGUAAGAUCAAAAUCAAAGAGAUACGUUAUUGCUUCAAGAAGUCCCACUUUGAAAUCUCACUCAUCAGCAAGCGUUAUCAAGGAUUACAAAGAAGACGACAAAGAGAGUGCAAUGUCUCUCACAAAGACUGAAUUAUCAAAAUCUUCAGCAUUAGCGACUGCAGUAGAUUAUCCUCCAACAGAACAUGGAAGUAUUUCUAUACAUGAUACUCCUUUGACUCAAAAGUCAAAGAGAGAUGAUGUCCCUUCUAAAUAUUCUGAGAAGUCUAAAGCAAAAACGCCUUCACCGAGCACUUCUACGAAUCAUCAUAGUCCCACAAUCAACUCUCAAUCAAAGACUGAUUCCGUUCAGAAUCAAGGAUCUGCCAAAGUUCAAGACAUUAUGUCGACAAGCCCUGUUGUAAUAUCUAAAUCAAAGGUUGAAUCUCGUCAAUCCCGUGCGAAGUCGGGAGCCAAAAGUCAAGUAUCUUUACUUUCUAAGGAAACAUCAAAAGAAUCUUACUUGGAACAAAACUCGAACAGAGAUGAUGCUUCUGCAAUGUCAUUUGCACAAUCUCAAGGGGGAUCGUCAUCAUCAGAGAAAUUUUCUACUCCUACAGGACACCAGAAAGACAUAUCCAGAUCUACCAAAGUGAAAUCUUACCAGAUGACCAACUCUGCUCAAUCUGUUUUGAAGCCAGAAAGUAAUAGUACAAAUUCAGAACCUCAUGUCAAUACACCAAACGAUCAAACAGGGAAUAGACAAAAUGUCUUUUCAAAAAUGUCUCUUGUGAAAGCUCAAGAGAAAACAGUUUCACCUGGAUCAGUUACAAGGAGCCCUGAUGACAUUUCUGAAGCAAUGAAAGGAUCCAGUGCGAGAUCGCGAACAAAGUCAUUAUCGUCGGAAGUGCUCACACAGACCCCUGAAAAAGAACAUGGAAGUGUUUCUAACAGUUCGGUAAAAUUCCACCAAAAAGAUGUAUCUGCAAUAUCUGUUUCGUGGUCAGCAGUCCAAAGUCCUGAUUACAUGUUGUCCAGCGGUACAGAAAAGCACCACCCCUCGAGUAAAACGUCAAAGAGACAAGAAACUGCAUCCUCAAUUUCUAUUUUGAACGAUAAUGAAAAAGCAGUAUCACCAUCACAUGUUUCGAAGACUCCUAUACAAGAACAUGAAUGUUCAUCGCGAGGAAAGGAGACAAGAGUUUCACAGUCAAACGAUCAUUUAGUAACACCAGAUAUUAAUACCAGUAUAGAAUCUCAGAUGAGUAUUCCAGUUCCAGUGGCUACACCUUCAAAAGCUUCUGAAACUGAAGGCAUGGACAAUCUAGUGACAGCAUCUAUUUCAAAAAUUAGUCGAUCGUCGAAGAAAUCAGAAACUGCCUCCAAAAGGUCCAGUGGGAAACCUGAGAACAGAGCUGAAUCACUUGUGGCAACUGCGAUGAAGAGCCCGGGGCAAAAUGAACGAUACACAACGCCACUUAAAACUCCUAGUACUACUCAACUCAGUCAAACAUCAAACAAACAGGACGGUGCUUCCAGGAGUCAUAAGGAAUUGUCGCAGGAAAAAGCAGUUUCAACCCUAUCUGGGACAUCUACAAGAGCUGAUAAACUUGAAUCUUCAAUUCAGAAGGAUGCACCAAUUGCCUUACAAUUUAGCAAUACACCAAAUAGUAUACAUUCCCCUAAAGGUAGUUCUGUAAAAUUCCCCAAAGAGAUAAGGUCGGAAGGAUCCUUGUCGAAGACCACAGAUGAUAAAAAGCGCCCACUGCUUUCAGAGAAUGAAGAGGUUGAUUCAAGGUUAGAUCUUUCGUCAAAUACUCAUAUCUCCUCUCGUAAGAGUUCAUCAAACUCGCAGAAAAUAAUUGAAUCCCCGAAAUCUGAUUCGAAGAUAAGCCAUCUUCUUCGGAGUGGGGCUAAACAGAACAAUCUGUCAAAUACGAGCACAUCUUCGAGGAAUUCAUCUAAGGCAAGGAAAGAAUCACCCGUAUCGAAAACGAAAAGUCCUGUCGAGUCCCCAAUCGUUCCAGAGAAUGCACAAAUUAAUUCAAGGUCGAGUUCAUCGUCAUAUACACAAAUCGCUUCUCGCAAGAGUUCGUUAAAAUCGCAGAAAAUACCUGGAUCCUCAGAUUCGAAGAGAGAACAUCUAAGUCGAGAUUCGACAUUAUUAAGUGAGAAUACUCAGAAAAAGCAAUCAAGCACAAGCAAUAUUUCUAGAAGUUCUUGGAAUGCAAAGGAGGCAUCUCUUCCCUCGACAACGAAAACUCAUGUUGAUUCCCCGCUGGUUUCAGAUAAACCAGAUAAACCAAAAGUUCAUUUACGAUCGAGUCAAUCGUCAUAUGCACAAAUCUUCUCUCGCAAAAAAUCGCUGCAAAUAUCGCAAUCUCCUAAAUCAGUUUCGGAUAGAGGGCAUCAAGAUAAUGCUUCUUCAGUACACAGUGGGUCCCAUCGGAACAUUCAAUCAAAUACAUCCAUUACCUCCAGAAGUUCAUCUAGGGCAAAGAAAGGAUCACCCCUACUGAAAACAAAAACUCCCGUUGAUAGCCCAAAUUCGCCAUCGGAUCUUCAUCAAAGCGAAACAUUGAUCAGUGACUAUACGCAUCAGUCAAAGACCCUAUCUUCUCCAAUUGCAGGGACGCCAGUGAAGGGCAACAGUCCUCCCAUUGAAAGGAAAACAACAAAUGAUGCACAGCUGAGUAAAACGGAAAUGGGCAUUGCAUCCAGGAAGUCCACAGCGAAAUCUUACGCUAAAACUGUUUCACCUACAUCGUUAACUCGCGCACCUGACAUGUCUGUUGGGGACAAGGAAUCCGUCUCGUCAAGUAAGGCACUGUCUGAAUCACGUUCCAGCCAAUGCAAUGGAAAUGAAGUCACUUCUAGAAUUUCUCAUACACCUCACGCACCAUCUGUCAAUGAUACCCCACUUCAGAGUAAAGAAUCUCCUGUUCGAACACCACGUACUUCCCAAUCAAAUAAAACUCGAAAAAGGCAAAGCAUGUCCCCAAGUUCUCUAAAAUCAAGAAAAACGCCUGUUGAAAACGGAGAUCCUCCCGUUGCUGAAUAGGUCAACAGUUAGUUCACAGCCUCGCAAAUCAUUGGGUAUAUAAGAGAUACAGAUCAAAUUUUCGUUUAAAGACCAAAGCUAGCUGAAGGCAUCACAAGAUUCAUUGCUGUGA